UGUAACAUUCGGAUGUAAUAGUAUAAACAGGUGUGAGGCAAAAUGAAUAUAAAUAUUCGACCGAGUUUAUUUAAUUUUUAUCGGCAAGAUUAUCCACGUUGUUUCUUCUUUUUCAUUAUAUUAAUAUCAGCUGCUUUUGCUAUUGUGACACAACAUGAGACCGAUGGACGCAUUCUCUGGAAAAAUCUCGUGAAAAACCAUAAUCAGCGUGAAAAAUCAUCGAGAUUAGUGUCUUGUGCAGUGCCAUUCAUCAUGGAAUAUUUCGAAUAUUCGGAUCGAAUGUCACUCUUGAUCUCGGACAUGUUAGAAGACGCUUCCGCUCUCAUAAAACCGUUGAUGAACGAAUUACCCGUAAGCAGCACUGUCUAUGCAUUAGCAAACGAGUCGAUGGAAGUAAUAGAAACAUACGAUAUUUCUGAGAACAUCGUCGUUCUAUCGAAUAGCGCAACCACUCUGGAGACAAACAAUUCCUGCUUCGUCGACUACUGCAAACACGAAUGCAGUUUUGUAAUAAUGCUAACGAAUCUAUUGGUCGACGAAGAGAGUUUCUUGAUAGAGACCAACAUGAUAAUAGAACGACUGUCAUUGCAAUCCAUGUUCAAACUCGCAAUAUUGGCAGUGAUUGAAGAAUCAAUUUUGGUGGCCGGUAGCAUUCCGAUUCGGAUCAACGAAUUGUAUACGCUGGCCCCGCCGACGCUUUUAGGUAAAUGUCAACAGGAGAGUAAUACUGCGUUUCAAUGGCAACAUUUCCAAACAAAAUCGUCGCCAUUCAAUGCCUCCGUCGUUAACGCGGCAAUGUUCGACAAUUUUCCGUACGCCUAUUUUGUCAACGACAAGAAUAAUUUGAGAUUCGGCGGUGUUGAGGGCUGGAUGGUGGAAGCGAUCGCGAGUAACAUGCAACUUAUAUUGGACAGAGAUGAGAUUCGGUGGCAGCAAAACUCCACGAUCGAUAGAGAACUGUAUUUGAGACUUAUCAACGCAACUGACGAUUUAAUAUUUGGUGGUCUCUUGUGGGAUCCCAAUCGAAAGAUAGAGUACAUGACUUCUUACGGUAUGGUGCAGAUCGCGUGGUUAAUACCGAUGAAAGCGAAUGUUUCUUUUCGUGGUUUAAUAACGCCGUUUAGCUCAAAAGUUUGGUACGCUAUAAUCUGCACGUUAUUUAUCAGCGGACUUGUGAAGCAUUUCUUAAUUCAUGACAUCACAUUCCUGGACAUGGCGGCCCUGAUUCUCGGCGUAGCCACUCAACGUCCGAAUAAAACUUCCAGCAAAAUUCUAUUCAUAUCUUACAGCCUGUUCGGUUUUUUUCUUUCGCAACUUUAUUUAGGAUCGCUGGCCGAUCAGCUCCAGAGUGCGACGGACAUUCAGAUCGAAUCCAUGGAAGAGCUAGUUACAUCGGGGCUGCAGAUAGGUGGGACUCAGCGAUUAGCUCAAUUAUUGGAGACGCCUGAUAAAAUCGACGAGGGCAACGUCGAACGAAGGAUUCGCGAGAAUUUUAUCGUUUUCAAGCAACAUGAUUACAUUGACCUGUUUUUUGAUAUUAUUCAUGGAAAUAAUGAUAGUCUAGCUCUUCUUGUAAUGUUAAAUCUGACUGAUAUACGUCGAAUGUCCAAUUUAAAAAACGCUCACAUUAUGAAAGAAUUUGUGGGCAGUUAUCCAUUAGCCCUCGCCACUUGGCUAGGAUUCCCGUACUUGAAUGAUUUUAACUUCAAGAUCCAAAUGUUCGUUCAAACUGGUCUCACUGAAUUCUGGUCAAACAUGGCGGAAAUUAACAGAAGUAAUUGCACAACGAAUGAUGAAAGAGAUCAGACUCAAGAAAACAUAGAAAUUGAUGAUCUUGCGCCGGCUUUUCUUCUUUUGAUCAUAGGAUAUCUCGGUGGAUGCUUUCUGUUGAUUUUAGAAGUUAUCUUAUAUCCAUCUGAACUGCUUUUAUAA